AUGGAGUUUAAAAUUAACGAGGAUUUCGCCAAGCGUUAUAACCAGUACCGUCAGAAGGAGGAGUACUCGAAACUGAAAUCGCGUUUUGGUGACAUCAAGCUCAGCAAAAGGAAAAAGGCGGCCGGCGCCGACGACGAGAGUGGCGCUGACUCCGAUUCUUCCUCCUCAUCCUCUUCGUCGACCUCGUCCACUGCAGAGGAAUGGGAACAAAGAGAACACGAGGAUUUUUUGCGGCUCUAUGACGCCCUCUGUCGAGGCGACCCGGCUGUGAAUGACCCCAACAAGACCUGGUUCCGUCCUCGACCUGCGGAGGGAGACGAGGAGGUGGAGACGGAGGUGGAGGAUGUGAAGGAGGCCGAGGAGGAGCGGGAAAAGGAGGAUGACAGCUCGAAGAAAAAGAAGAACAAAAAGUUGGCGGAGAAGCCGGUCCUUCUGAAGGAUCAUGUUAGGGAGGUACUCCUAUCGGGCAACAGCGCCGUUCCGGAAGCCCAGGCUGCAGAGGGCUCAAAUAAAUUGAAAGGCAAGAAGAACGAGGAUCCGGCCGUACUGAAGAAGGCCUUUUUACGUGAAACAGAGGGCCUGUUUGAGACAGCCGACGGUGAAGAAGCCCCACUUCUGCAGCCGAAGAUGUCCAGCGAGCAGGAUUCCACAAAAGCCAGCAGCGGAAAGCCCAUUCCUGUUAGUUAG